AAAAUGAGAGCAACAUUUCUUUUUAAAGAAUGCACACUUGUCAAAAGUCAGUAUUUCUCCACAAGACAGAGCUGACCAAGAAGGAGCAGAAAACAACAUGAAUGAUGUGAAGCUUGCUGUCCUGGGUAGUGAAGGAACGGGCAAAUCUGCCCUUACAGUGAGGUUUCUCACCAAGAGAUUCAUUGGAGAAUAUGCUUCUAAUUUUGAAUCCAUCUACAAUAAGCAUUUGUGUUUGGAAGGGAAGCAACUGAAUCUAGAAAUAUAUGACCCGUGUUCUCAACCACAGAAAGCAAAAUUUUCCCUCACCAGUGAGCUGCAUUGGGCAGAUGGAUUUGUUGUUGUGUAUGACAUCAGUGACAGGUCUUCAUUUGCUUUUGCAAAAGCACUGAUUUACAGAAUUCGGGAGCCACAAACUAGUCAUUGUAAAAGAGUUGUGGAAUCAGCAGUGCUUUUGGUUGGUAACAAGCAAGAUCUCUGUCAUGUGCGAGAGGUUGGCUGGAAAGAAGGGCAAAAACUGGCACUGGAUAACCGGUGCCAAUUCUGUGAACUGUCGGCUGCAGAGCAGUCUCUGGAGGUAGAAAUGAUGUUUAUCAGAAUCAUCAAGGACGUCCUGACAAACUUCAAACUCAAAGAAAAGAGAAGAUCCAGUGGAUCUAGAUCAAUGGCCAAACUGAUCAAUAAUGUAUUUGGAAAGAGAAGGAAAUCUGUUUAGUAGACAUGUGAUUUCAAGGGUUUCUUAUAUCAGAGAGUUCAGUUCAUAUGCUAAUUUAACCUUUGUUUGCAAUUAAAAAUACUUUAGACAUAUAAAGUGAUUGAAUAUGAACCACAGCUGUGUUUUUCAAUAGAUAGCUUGCCUUUUUGGGUGUUUGUGUUUUGUACACUCUGUUUCACACUUAAACUUCCCUUUAUUUCACAGAAUUGCCCUCACUAUAAAUUAUUGGUUGAUUACUAUACAGUUUGAUUUGCAAAUGAACAUUGAUUCUGUAACUUUAUUAACUACCAUUCUACAUGCACUUUUACCUUUAUUUUAUGUAUUUCUUUAGAAUAAACAUAUAGUUAUAUUCAUGUAUUUCAUAUUUUGUAGGGCUUAACAUAUACUUGUGAAACUUCAUGACCUAUUUAAUAGAAAUACAUGAAUUUAAUUUUUAAAAUGUCUUCAUUUUAAUAAUCUAUUGAAUGACUUGAUAAUGCACACAUAUUACUUAUAACUCGGGCUUUAAGAAGUUAAAUGUUUUGCCCAUAAGUACAUAGUUUGUAGUUGGUCUGAUGUUAAAAAAAACCUCUGCUUUGCUUUGUAUGCUAAACUAACAAGGGGGAUUAUAACAGAGAAAUUAGUUUAUACAGCUAAGAUCCUUCUGGGACUAAAAAAUUAGUCUUUUAUAGUUCAUUUAGGACUUAUACAUCAUAAGAAAAGAAAAAAAAGUAAGAGCUAAUUGGUAAAUAUAUAACCUUUAAGGACUUAUUGCCCUGAAAGAAAUAUUGCAUUUGAUACAAACAUUUUAGGCCUUCCCAGAUUACUUUGGAUUUCCUUCAGAAGUCAACCAUUUACCUCAUGGACUUUAUCACCGUUGCUGCUGCCUUUGCUAAGCUUGCCACCUUCUACAAUUGUAAGACAGAUUGUUGAAAAUGAAGGUUAAGUAUUAGAGAAGUUAAACUAGGAGUACAAACAAUCUACUACAUACUUGGUUACCGUGUCAGCAUCAGUAACCUAGGGGAAAGGGUGGAAUAUCUGGAGUAGAGAGUGAUAGGAGUGAGGGUAGGGUGGCUCAUAAUAUUAGGCUGGGUAGGAAGGAAAUCACUGACUUGGUGUUACUCACUAUGAGUCACGAUUCAACCCUUUAGAAGCAACACCUAGGGCUCAUUUCUAUAGCUUUGCUGUUCAUUAGAAAUCUAACCCUGAUGCUAUGCUGGAGUAAAAGUGGUACAGACAAAAGAACUUUGCGUGGUGAUAUACAAAACCAUUCAUAAUGCUUGUGAAGGUGGAGGAGUUAGAAUUGAUAUGGUAAGUUGGACCCAAGCACCUACCACCUGACUGGGUU